UCUCGGAAAAUACGCCCGAGCCAGACGUAGCACGUUGGGAUUAAGGCGAGGAAACGCCGCGUGGCGUGCCGGCCGGCGGCUCAGCCUGGCGCAGCGGGACGCCAGGCAGCACCGCUUUGUCCCUUCUCCUGAGGAAGACCAUGGGGAGCCUGGGGUGGCCACGAUGUGUGCAUGCAGGCUGCCGCUGCCCAGCCGCCUGCGCCGCGGUGCCGUAGCGGAGCGGCCGUGACGCCAGGAUGGGGCUGCUGGUGCUGGUGCGCAACGUGCUGCUGGCGCUCUGCCUCUUCCUCGUGCUCGGCUUCCUCUACUACUCCGCCUGGAAGCUGCACCUCCUGCGCUGGGAGGACUCCAAUUCAGUCGUUCUUUCCUUUGACUCCGUUGGACAUACGAUAGGCUCAGGAAGGAGAGAGAGAAAAACUGUGGCAAUUGUGCUUCCGCAGUCCAUCCCAUCUCACCUUGCUGCAGACCCAGGAAAAGACAGAACCCAGAAAGAACCAAUGGCAGCUCCAGACACAGCCAUUCCUAAAUACGACAAACUGGGCUUUCUCCUGAACCUGGACUCAAAAUUGCCUCCAGAAUUGGCAUCAAGGUAUGCAAAUUUCUCUGAGGGAGUGUGCAAGCCUGGUUAUGCAUCAGCACUCAUGACUGUCAUCUUCCCAAAGUUUUCGAAGCCGGCACCAAUGUUCUUGGAUGAUUCCUUCAGGAGAUGGGCUCGUAUCAGGGACUUUGUACCCCCCUUUGGAAUUAAAGGACAAGAUAAUCUGAUCAAAGCCAUCCUGUCAGCAACCAAAGAUUACCGUCUAACUCCAGCUCUUGACAGUCUCAGCUGCCGACGAUGUAUUAUUGUGGGAAAUGGUGGAGUACUUGCCAAUAAGUCGUUGGGGUCAAAAAUUGACGACUACGAUGUUGUUGUCAGGCUGAACUCCGCUCCGGUGAAGGGCUUUGAAAAAGAUGUGGGUGGCAAGACGACUCUCCGGAUCACAUAUCCUGAAGGUGCAAUCCAGAAAAUGGAACAGUAUGAGAAGGAUUCCCUGUUUGUUCUGGCAGGAUUCAAAUGGCAAGAUUUCAAGUGGCUGAAGUACAUUGUUUACAAGGAGAAAGUGAGUGCCUCUGAUGGCUUUUGGAAGUCAGUCGCAACCCGCGUCCCGAGAGAGCCUCAUGAGAUACGUAUCCUGAAUCCCUACUUCAUCCAGGAGGCAGCUUUCAGCUUCAUUGGACUGCCUUUCAACAACGGCCUCAUGGGCCGAGGGAACAUCCCCACCCUGGGAAGCGUAGCAAUAACCAUGGCGCUCCACAACUGUGAUGAGGUGGCGGUAGCUGGGUUUGGCUAUGACAUGAGUUCCCCCAAUGCACCGCUGCACUACUAUGAGAACAUCAAGAUGUCUGCCAUCAAAGAGUCCUGGACGCACAACAUCCAACGGGAGAAGGAGUUCCUGCGGAAGCUGGUGAAAGCCCGAGUCAUCACCGACCUGACCAGUGGGAUCUGAGCAGCCGCCGCCUCACAGGGAGGAGAGGAAGACGCACGCUGCAGCUCCGGGAGCAGGCACCGGCAGCCCCCCGCAAGAAGCCCACUUCACUGGAGACACACCGAGAUGCCCGGGUGCUGCGGGAAGGCCCUCUCGCAUCGCCGGUCUGCAGGAGGGCAGCACCUGCUGCCCCCAGUCCCAGAGCUGGCAGGAGGCGGGCAAGGGGCUGAGCGGGCACUUCUUGAACUCUGCAUUGCAGACGGAUCUCCUGUAUCCAGAAUUAAACGGGACAGACUCAGGAGAGAGAAGGAAGGUUUGUGAAUAAAACGAUCUGUGCCAAAUGGGAGGUGACGCUGCCCCAAGGCAGCGGUGCCUGAAUGUACAAAGUAUUAUUUUUUAAAGAAACUCUGCUGGAAUCAUACUAGAAAUACCAAGGUGCAAAGCGAAAUCUGCUUAUGCACAGCCCUGCGAAAAGCUCGGCCUCGCCACGCUCCGUCUGCAUUGUCGCUGGCCUCAGGCCUUUCCCCGGGAAAACAAAUCCGUCCAAGACUUCAGUGUUGUUGGUGCUGCUAUAAUUUAAAGGGAGGGUGGCUUUCCCUCGUUCUCCACUUGGAGCUUCGCGUUGGAGAUGAGCAUGGGUUUGUUUUUCUGCACUUUUCCUCGCUUCCUGCGUAGAGGCAGCAGCGGCCACUUCCUUGGCUGUGUUUUCCGUAGCUGGUUGUCCUGCCCCGACUCUGCCCUGACCCUGGCGUGGAGCAGGGAGCUGGUGGCUUCCUCUGCCUGCAGCAGCCCCUCGCCGCCGUCCUGCGUGUCACGGCGCUGCCGAGCCCACCUCGCUGUGCUCGAGGCCUCCAGGCCCCUCGGGUUGUGCCUGCUGUGCGGGGCCCUGCCCGAGGUGGUGCAGGUCGGUGUCACUGCUCCUGGACUGCGCCUCGCUGCGCUUCGGGGGGGGAGAGGAGUGAUUCGUUGUUUGGAAGGAGGUCAGAUGUUGCGUGGAUAUCUGAAGCUUGGCAGUUUAAGAGCGGGCUGCCGAAGAUGUUUUACGUUCCAGGCUCGAUCGUGUUCCCUGGUCCGUGACCUCAGUGGUGGUGGAGCCUGCUGGCAAGGCUGGGGGCCUGCUGGGAGCCCUCGCCUUCUGCUUGGCCCCUGCUCACUUCAUUUCCAAGCUCCUCCUGUGCUGCUCCUCCUGCUCUCAGGAGCACGUCCCUUCCUUUGCUCUCUUGGUCCCAAGAUGCAGUAUUUGCACAUUUGAUUUGUGUACGUAUUUCAGAGGAGCUGGAAUAAACUGAGCAACGUGGCCAAGCGCGAGGACGGCGGGGUGCUCUCAUCCACCUGGAGAGCGUGGGCAGAAGAGGGAUUGCGGGGGAAAAUCGGGUGGAAAUGGGCUCCGAGGCAGGAGCAGGCCACGCUGCGCCCACGCAGGGCACCAUCCCCACGUCCCUGUGCGUCAAGGCCACCACGGGGGUCAGCAGAGGGGAUCUGGGAGAUGCUCCCUUCCCUUCCCCUUCCCAUUUCCCUUCCCCUGUCCCUCUGGCCUCCCAGCUGGGCAAUCCCUGCUCCCCCCAGGUACGUGCCUGCCCCCCAGGAUGCUCCGUGAGGUUUCCAGCCCACAAAGCUGGGGCUUUCAGCAGGUUUUUGACCAUCUGCUCUGGCAGAUACUCACUUGAAUGUUCUCCCCUAAUUUUUUUUUGCUCAAGGGACUGGAGGUCCUGGUGCUGGACCUGGCCAGGUGGUGGCAUCUUCUUGGUGCUCGAAACUGGGUCUUCACCUGCUGCUGGGGGAGCCCCAGGGCACCGAGGGGGGGGGGGUGGGCCCCAUCCAGACACUACAGGGAGCAGAGGUGCUGGAGAGCAGGUACUGCGAGCACCCCCCGGAGACAGCAGAGCAUCACUUUGAUUUAGUCUGUUAUCACUACAAACACACGGCACGGUCAUCUUCCAACUCACUGCUCCAGUCUAGGGCCCCUGCUCUGCUCAGGUCCCGCUGGGAAGCUGUCCCUGCAGCGCAGGGGCUCUCAGGCUGCGUGGCUCAGGGUGACCACGGUGGGCCGGGACACCUGCAAGUGGGGACAGCAAGGAGGGAGGUGCUGGGGGGCCACGGCUCCCCUAUACCUCGCUGUCCCGUUUGACCCAGGGCUCUCAGCAAGGACAUCAGCGGGGCAACUUCAUCCACGGAGCAUCCCACGGCCAGGCUCUGCGGGUGAUGCUGCCCCAGGGCAGCGCGUGGUGCUGGGCCUGGCUCCUGGAGGGCUCUCGGUGGCUGUCUCCUGGCGUGCACCUGCAGCCACCUCCCGCCCUCCGGGACGCCGCAGCCCUGCCAGCUCGGAGCGCUGCACGCGGGUCAGAGCAGGGUCAGUGGGACGGAUGCGAGUCUUGGCCUCUCCCUCGCCGUGACUCACCUUUUCAGCUCGGAAGGGAGAGCCCAGGGGAAUUCUCCACGGCCUAAAUAUAGAGCGGGGUUGCCUGCAGCACAGGGAGGCCAGCGGGGUGGCAGGGAACCUGCCUGGAGAGGGACCAGGAGGUCGGGGUGGGGGAAAACCGUGUGCCAGUGGGGCUUUGCUCCUGCUGGUGUGGGCAGCGGGGCUGGGGUGCCACCGUGCUGCUCCCUGCCCGCAGCAUCACCCAGGUACGCACCUUGCCGUACCCUGGGCUUGAGCUCACGCAUGCUGCAUGGAGGCAGCACCACCAGAGAACGUGAGGCUGUGGGGGAUCUGAGCCUGGAAUCCCCCAACCAGCACCUCUGUGAUUCCCGGUCCCCUUUCUGCUGGGAGGGAGAUGGGGAAGGAGCAGGGAGGCUGGGGAUGGGCAGCACCAGACGAGGGCUUCCAGGUGGGCUGGCAGGGAGGCAGCCACCACGCUGAGCUCUGCCAGCAGCAGCGGGGUCCCUGCGGUCGGUCUGAGUGUGCAUGGGGCGCGGUGACCCCCUGCCACCCCCGGGUGCGGUGACAGGGCCAUUACCCAGCCUGUGGUGUUGCACAGGGACCUGCUCCGAGGGCCGGGGAGCUCGCCAGUGCUGUACCGAGCUGAGAUGUAAGAACUCAAUGAGUUUUUAAAAUUAGUUUUAGUUUCUGCGUUGUUUUUUUUUUUUAAUUUUCCCUCUAGGUAGGGAGGGCAAGAGUCUUGCAGGCUCCUCCAAGCCGGCUUAUGUCACAUCGAUUCAGUCAUAUCACAGAAGCAAUAAAGCUAUCAAACGAG